AGGGGAGUAGCGUUGUGCUGUUAAACAAACUCCGAGUAUUUUAUUGCUGUUCUUUCUCCGACUGCGGUCUUCCAAAAUGGAUCGCAUUCAACAGAUGGAGGAUGACUCGCUCCACAACAUGAGUUUGGCACGAGGACUCCCACCGCUUCCCCAGUCGUCCACCAAUGAACCAUCUGAGCUCUAUCAGAUUGUGAUGCGUCACAGUCAACACCCUCCUCUGCUGCAGCCGAGCUCCUGGACGCAGGCGUCUCCCUUCAAGGAGCUGCGGCACCACCGCUCCCCCUCCGACUCCAUAGCCAACAACUACAGCCCCACCGCACGCCACCUGCGCACCUCCAACCUCCUCCGCAGAGCACCGGGAGACUCCACCGCUGCCUCCUCCUCCUCCUCCUCUCACACUACACCAGAGAGCACUGAACGAGAGAGAGCUGAAAGUAGACAGCGACGACAAAGCCAAUGCCCCGCACACAAGCAGCCCCAGCCCCCCCCAGCAGAGGCGCUGAGCCGGCCCAUGACCCCCCAGGAGCAGUUGGACGUCAUGCACAGGCAGGAGCAACAAGACUGCAGCAGCCAGAGCCAACCCACAGAGAAAGACAUGGAGAGGUACGUGUACUACAUCACCAGAGGAGUCCACAGCUCCAUGCUAGCGCCCCCUCCUGCCCAGCAGAUGCAGAACAUCCUGGGCCUGGUACCGGGACAGCUGCGGGGCACCAGCCGAGAGGUGACCCAGCUGGAGGAACAGCUGCAGCAGGAGGUGGAUAGAGACUAUGACUACAGCCUCCGCAAGAGCAUCGUGGACUACAUCCUGCAGGAUCCUUGCGAGCGCGAGCGCGUCUUCAUUUUUAAUGUGCCACAGCCGUUCCCCCGCCGGGUGAUCCGGGGCCCGAUGCCCUGGUCCAGAACCUUCCGCCAGGCUCACCUCUGGCACAGCCAGCACCUCUUCACCAUCAACCCCAUGAUGUACCACCUACAGGACCUCUGGGUCAACAGUUUUGCAUCGCUGCGGUUCGUGUCCCUGUCUCACCUCUGCUCUGCCAAUCUGCCAUUGCUGCCGGAGGAGUUUGAGGACUUGGUCCACAAGCAGUGUAGCGUCACCCGGGAGCAUCUAUUGGAGACUUGGCUGCCGCGCUGCGCGGGCCUGUUCAUGACCUAUAAGGAGCACUGGUGGCGCCUGGUGCCCCAGAGUAAGUACGCGGUGCCUGUCAGCGCUCAGGAGUUCUUCAGCUGCGUCGCCGCGCUCAUGUCCAUGCAGCUACGGAGCCUCGUCAUAGCCUCCUUACAGGACCUGCUGAGCUUCCUGUCACCUUUCCACGAGGGUAAUGAUUUUGGUGAGGAGUACGACAGCCUGGCGUUCACCCAGCCCCAGAUGCUGCUGGUGAGGCUGAAGGUGGAGGAGCCUCGCAUCACCUUCGGCCCGAGUCUGGCCCAGUGCUGGGACCUCGUCCACAAGGCCUUCAACCAGAUCAUCCAGAGCUCACACAACCUACCGCGGCUGGAAAGCCAACUGUUCCCUGAGAUCCAAGGGUUGAAUCUCACCAUUCGCUCUGUGAGGCCGGAUGAAGCACUCGUCACAGACCUGAUUCAACAGGCCAGGCAGAUCUUCGACAGUAACAUCAUCGGACCUCAGAGGUACUUGGACGUGUACAAGAAGUACAACAGUCUCCUGGACAACUCGGCCAAACAAGACAUCCUGACCUUCCUGAAGGGGAAACACUCUCUACAAGGCUUCACAAAGAAAAUCAGCGGUAUCCGUCAGCUGUGGGAGGACAUUGCGUCUCUGCGCAUCACGGUUCCUCUGUCGCUCUUCUGUCUGGACGCCGUGCGGCUCAACGACGAGCUGUGUGAGCGCGCCCAGAGACUGAGGGACCGCCUCGUCACACACACCAUGGACGAGAACCGGGCACUCAACAAGAGCAUCUGCCACCGGUUCGACGAGAUCGUGGAGACCAUCACCAGUGUCCCCAACACCACGGAGGAGCUGGUGGACCUGAACCACUUCCUGAAGCACACCAACGAGGUCACCGUCCACAAGCUCCAGGACGAGAUCGACGAGGCCUCCAACAGGCUCAUCUUCCUGCUGGACUUCGCAACGCUACCUGUGGAGGACCUGAAGUUGAACAGUAAUGUCUUCCACUGGCCUGAGCAGAUCCAGUGUGUGUUUGAGGUCAGCAAGGGACGCCUGGCCACCAGGAGAGAACAGGCCGAGGAGCUCCUGCAGAAGAGGCUGGUGGAGUUUGAUGGUCUGCUAGCCAGCAUGUGUAAGGAGGUGGAGGCCUUUAAGAAGAAGGAGAUGAUGGGGCUGGAGGAGAUGAAGACUAACGUGGAGAGACUCAGCGAACUGCAGGUGGCCCUCAACGCCGCCAUGACCGAACUGGAGGACAUCAAUAAGGAGGAGUCUCUGCUGGAGAAGGAGCAGAGUCAGUUUCCUCAGCUGCAGGCCGUCAUCGUGGCUAAGCAGCCGUAUGAUCAGCUGUGGGCCACCGCACUCAACUUCCACAACAAGUCAGACGUCUGGAUGAAGGGUCCCUUUGUGCACCUGAAUGCUGAGCAGGUGACUGAAGAGCUGAGCUCUAUGUGGCGUCUGAUGUACAAGUUGACCAAGAGUUUCUCCGAGCUCCCCGCUCCGCGCCGCGUCGCCGACAGCUUCAGGCUGAAGAUGGACAAGUUUAAGGUGCACCUGCCCCUGCUCACCACCAUCUGCAACCCAGGCAUGAAGGACAGGCACUGGGACAAGAUCAGUAGCAUCGUAGGCUUUGACGUGAAGCCGGAUGCAGACACUUCACUGCUCAACAUGGUGGACCUUGGACUGUCCAAAUACUCCGACAAGCUGGAGGAGAUUGGAGCGGCUGCCAGUAAGGAGCACUCUCUGGAGAAAGCCAUGGAGAAGAUGAGGAAGGAGUGGGCCGACCUGAGACUCUCUUUCCUGGAGUAUAGAGACACGGGCACCAGUAUUGUGUCGGCAGUGGAUGAUAUCCAGGUACUGCUUGAUGACCACAUCAUAAAGACCCAGACCAUGAGGGGCUCACCUUUUAUCAAACCCAUAGAGGCAGACUGCAAGCAAUGGGAGGAGAAGCUAGUCUCCAUGCAGGACAUCCUGGAUGCGAUGCUACGUUGCCAGGCAACCUGGCUGUACCUAGAGCCCAUCUUCAGCUCCGAAGACAUCAUCGCCCAGAUGCCCGAGGAGGGGCGAAAGUUCGGCAUCGUGGACAGCUACUGGAAAGACAUCAUCGCUGAAUCAGUCAAGGAUACACGUGUGCUGGUGGCCACUGCGCAGCCCAACAUGCUGUCGCGUCUAGUGGAGGCCAACCUGUUCCUGGAGGACAUCCAGAAGGGCCUCAACACCUACCUGGAACAGAAGAGACUCUUCUUCCCCAGGUUUUUCUUCUUGUCCAACGAUGAACUACUGGAGAUUCUGUCUGAGACCAAAGACCCGUUGAGGGUUCAGCCGCACCUUAAGAAAUGCUUCGAGGGCAUCGCUAAGCUGGACUUCACCCCUGACAUGGAGAUCAUUGGCAUGACCAGCUCAGAGAAGGAGACGGUGCCCUUCAGUAAAUCCAUCUUCCCUGCCCAAGCUAAGGGCAUGGUGGAGAAGUGGCUGAUCCAGGUAGAGAACAUGAUGCUGAGGAGCGUGAGAGAUGUCAUCGCCAAAGGAGUGGAGCAGUACCCCAAGGUACCCAGGAAUCGCUGGGUGUUGCAGUGGCCUGGGCAGGUGGUGAUCUGUGCCUCCUCCAUCUACUGGACAACCGAAGUAUCAGAGGCCAUCGUCAACAACACUCUACCAGCCUAUGUAGAGCAGAGCAAUGCCCAGAUUGGUCAGAUUGUGGAGCUGGUGAGAGGGAAACUGUCGGGAGGAGCCAGGCUGACGCUGGGAGCUCUGACCGUCAUCGACGUACACGCCCGUGAUGUGGUGUCCAAGUUGUCUGAUGACCGGGUGUCAUGCCUGAACGACUUCCAGUGGAUCUCUCAGCUGCGUUACUACUGGGAAGAAGGUGACUGUCGGCUACGGAUGAUCACCACCUGCGUUACCUACGGUUACGAGUACCUGGGCAACUCAGCACGCCUCGUCAUCACCCCGCUCACCGACCGCUGCUACAGAACUCUGAUGGGCGCGUUGAAGCUGAAUCUGGGCGGAGCUCCAGAGGGGCCAGCUGGAACAGGCAAGACAGAGACCACCAAGGACUUGGCCAAGGCUCUCGCCAAACAGUGUGUGGUGUUCAACUGCUCCGACGGCCUGGAUUACAAGGCUAUGAGUAAGUUCUUCAAGGGGCUGGCGCAGUCUGGAGCCUGGGCCUGCUUUGACGAGUUCAACCGAAUUGAGGUGGAGGUGUUGUCCGUGGUGGCCCAGCAGGUGUUGUGCAUCCAGCAGGCGAUCGCUCGUAACGUGAAGACGUUCCUGUUUGAGGGCACGGAGCUGUCUCUCAACCCCACCUGCUGCGUCUUCAUCACCAUGAACCCUGGCUAUGCCGGCCGUGCUGAACUGCCUGAUAACCUCAAGGUACUUUUCCGUACGGUGGCGAUGAUGGUUCCAGACUAUGGUUUGAUUGGAGAGAUCUCACUUUACUCCGUGGGCUUCAUUCAGUCUCGAAGCCUGGCCCAUAAGAUUGUGGCCACCUACCGGCUGUGCUCGGAGCAGCUGUCCUCCCAGAGUCACUACGACUACGGCAUGCGGGCGGUGAAGUCAGUGUUGACGGCGGCGGGCAACCUGAAGCUCAAGUACCCCGAGGUGGACGAGAGCGUGCUGCUGCUCAGGGCACUCAUGGACGUCAACAUGGCCAAGUUCCUCGCCCAGGACGUGCCCCUCUUCCAGGGUAUAAUUUCUGACCUGUUCCCUGGAGUGGUGCUGCCCAAGCCCGACUAUGACUUACUGCUGAAGGCCCUGGAGGACAACAUCGCUAAACUCAAGUUACAGGCUGUGCCCUGGUUCAUCGGGAAAAUCAUACAGGUGUAUGAGAUGAUGUUGGUCAGGCAUGGCUUCAUGAUUGUGGGCGAGCCGCUGGGAGGGAAGACCUCGGCCUAUAAGGCACUGGCUGGAGCACUGAGGGACCUGUAUGAAGCCAAACAGAUGGACGAGUGUGCUGUGGACUACCGCAUCAUCAACCCCAAGGCCAUCACCAUGGGCCAGCUGUACGGCUGCUUCGACGCGGUCAGCCACGAGUGGUCCGACGGGGUGCUGGCCACCUCGUUCAGGGAGCAGGCUCAGAACACCUCGGAGAACCGCCAGUGGAUCCUGUUCGACGGGCCCAUCGACGCCGUCUGGAUCGAGAACAUGAACACGGUGCUGGAUGACAACAAGAAGUUGUGUCUGAUGAGCGGUGAGAUCAUUCAGAUGAGUUCAAAGAUGAGUUUGAUCUUUGAGCCAGCGGAUUUGGAGCAGGCUUCCCCAGCUACUGUCAGCAGGUGUGGUAUGAUCUACAUGGAGCCUCAUCAGCUUGGCUGGACCCCCCUGAGGGACUCCUACAUGGACACUCUCCCCCAGAGCCUCAGCGACGAGCACAGAGAACUGAUUAUCGACUUGUUCAAUUGGCUGCUGCAGCCGAGUCUGGACUUCAUUACCCAUGAGUGCCGCUUCCUGGUGCAGACCUCGCCCAUCCACCUGGCCUACAGCCUCAUGCGGCUCUACACCUGCCUCAUGGACGAGAUUGCUAAAUCUGGCGAGGAUGGUCAGGAGCCAAUGUCGAGUCAGCAGGUGACCAUGUGGCUACAGGGGCUCUUCCUAUUCGCUCUGGUCUGGAGCGUGGGCGGGACAAUCAACGGCGACAGCAGGAAGAAGUUUGAUGUGUUUUUCAGGGCCCUCAUUUCUGGCACGGACGCCGAUCAUCCACGUCCCAAGAGUGUUAAACUCACCAAGAGUAACAUCUUUCCGGAGAGAGGCACAGUGUAUGACUACUACUUCCACAAACAAGGACCCGGCCAGUGGAAUGCUUGGACAGAUGCCAUUACGGCGGAGGAGAGUACCAUCUCUCCUACAGCUAACGUGUCAGACCUCAUCAUUCCCACCAUGGAAACGGUGCGUCAGCUGUUUUUCCUGAAGACCUAUGUGUUCCACGAGGUGCCCACCCUCUUCGUGGGGCCGACGGGUACAGGCAAGUCGGUCAUCACCAACAGCUUCCUGAUGAAGCUCCCCAAGGAGAGCUACACGCCCAACUGCAUUAACUUCUCCGCUCGCACGUCUGCCGGUCAGACCCAGGACAUCAUCAUGGCCAAGCUGGACCGCAGGCGCAAAGGCAUAUUCGGACCGCCCAUGGGGAAGAAGUGCGUGCUUUAUGUGGAUGACCUGAACAUGCCAGCUAAGGAGGUGUACGGAGCGCAGCCCCCCAUCGAGCUGCUCAGGCAGCUAAUAGACCACGCCCACUGGUACGACAAGAAGGACACCUCACGGCAGGACAUCGUGGACGUGCUGUUGGUCACCGCAAUGGGGCCCCCUGGUGGCGGCAGGAAUGACAUUACAGGGCGUUUCACGCGCCACCUGAACGUGGUGUCCAUCGACUCCUUUGAUGACGAGACGCUCGGCAAGAUCUUCACGUCAAUCACUGACUGGCACUUCGCCAAAGGAUACGACUCCUCCUUCGGCAGACUGGGUAAGAUCAUGGUGCAGGCCACCAUGGCGGUGUAUAAGGAUGCUAUUGACUCCUUCCUACCCACUCCCUCCAAGUCCCACUACAUCUUCAACCUGCGCGACUUCAGCAGGGUCAUCAAGGGAGUGCUGCUUGCUCCCAACACACACCUGAAGGAGGGCGACCAGCUCAUUCGGCUGUGGAUCCACGAGGUGUACCGGGUGUUCUAUGACCGUCUAAUCGACAAUGAAGACAGAGGAACGUUCUUUGACAUCGUGAAGGAGAGAACCUCGGGUUACUUUAAACAAACCUUCGACAAGCUCCUGGCUCACCUGACGGUGUCGGGGAAGGUCGUGGACGACGACAUCCGCAGCCUGUUCUUCGGCGACUACACCAAGCCGGACUCGGACGCGCGCGCCUACGAGGAGGUCACGGACAUGAAGGCGCUGACGGGCGUCAUGGAGCACUACCUGGACGAGUUCAACAACGUGAGCCGGGCGCCCAUGUCCUUGGUCAUGUUCAAGUUUGCCAUCGAGCACAUCUCCCGCAUCUGCCGCGUGCUGAAGCAGGACAGUGGACACCUGCUAUUGGUUGGCAUCGGAGGCUCUGGCCGACAGAGCGCCACCAAACUGGGCACCUUCAUCUCCGACUACGACCUCUUCCAGAUCGAGCUGACGCGCACUUACAGCAUGACGGACUGGCGCGACGACGUGAAGCGCGUGAUGCUCAAGGCUGGCGUGGAGGGCAAGUACACUGUCUUCCUGUUCAGCGACGGGCAGGUGAAGAACGAGGCCAUGGUGGAGGACAUCAACAUGCUGCUCAACACGGGCGACGUGCCAAACAUCUUCGCCGCGGACGAGCGGGCCGACAUCAUUGAGAAGAUGCAGGGCGUGGCGCGCAUGGAGGGCAAGAAGAUCGACUCCACGGCCCUCUCCAUGUACAAUUACUUCAUCGACCGCGUCAAGAAGCAUCUGCACAUUGUCCUGGCCAUGAGUCCCAUUGGAGAUGCCUUCCGUAACCGGCUGAGGAUGUUCCCUUCGCUGAUCAACUGCUGCACUAUCGACUGGUUCCAGGCCUGGCCCACCGACGCCCUGGAGAUGGUGGCCCACAAGUUCCUACAGGACGUCGAGAUGGAGGACAACAUUAGAUCUGAGGUGGUGGAAAUGUGUAAGAACUUCCAGGAGAGUGUGCGUACGCUGAGCCAGCGGUACUUUGGCCAGCUGCGGAGACACAACUACGUCACUCCCACCUCCUACCUGGAGCUCAUCCUGACCUUCAAGGCCCUGUUGAGCUCACGCAGGGAGCAGGUCAACACCUUCAGGAACAGAUACCUGGUGGGACUGGAGAAACUGGACUUUGCUGCUUCACAGGUGGCAGUUAUGCAAGAGGAGCUGACCGCACUGCAGCCUGAACUCAUAAAGACGUCAGCAGAGACCAAAGCCAUGAUGAGGAAGAUUGAGAAGGAGACUGUGGAGGUGGACGCCAAGAAAGAACUGGUGGCAGCAGAUGAGAAGGUGGCCAAUGAUGCAGCUGCCGCAGCCCAGGCCAUCAAGGACGACUGCGAGGGUGAUCUGGCCGAGGCUAUGCCAGCUUUGGAGGCUGCCCUGUCAGCACUGGACACGCUGAAGCCUUCUGACAUCACCGUGGUGAAGUCCAUGACGAACCCUCCCGCUGCCGUCAAGCUCGUCAUGGAGUCGAUCUGUGUCAUGAAGGGCAUCAAGCCGGAGAGGAAGCCAGACCCUGGCGGCUCAGGAAAAAUGAUUGAGGACUACUGGGGCAACUCCAAGAAGCUCCUGAGCGACCUGCAUUUCCUCGACACCCUCAAAGCCUUCGACAAGGACAACAUCUCCCCGGCCGUCAUCAAACGCAUCCGCGAGAAGUUCAUCGACCACCCGGAUUUCCAGCCCGCACUCAUCAAGAACGUCUCGUCCGCCUGCGAAGGUCUCUGCAAGUGGGUGCGCGCCAUGGAGGUUUACGAGCGUGUGGCAAAAGUGGUGGCGCCCAAAAAGGAGCGCUUGCAGGCGGCGGAGACGGAGUUGGCCGCUCAGAUGGCGACUCUGGAGGUGAAACGCGCAGAGCUAAAGGAGGUGGAGGAUCGUUUGCAGGCGCUCAACGACACGUUUGAGGAGAUGAACAACAAGAAGAGGGAACUGGAGGAUAACAUCGAGCUGUGCUCUGCGAAGCUCGUCAGAGCAGAGAAGCUAAUCGGCGGACUGGGUGGGGAGAAGGACCGUUGGACGGAGGCGGCGGAAAACCUCGGCGUCAAGUACACAAACCUCACUGGGGAUGUCCUCCUGUCCUCUGGCACCGUGUCCUACUUGGGCGCCUUCACAGUUGACUACCGCACCGAAUGCCAGCAUGCCUGGCACCGGCUGUGUCAGCAGAAGAAAGUGCCGUGCUCCGAUGACUUCACUCUCAGCAACACCCUCGGCAAUCAGGUCCUGAUUCGACAGUGGCAGAUCGCCGGUUUGCCCGUGGAUGCGUUCUCAAUGGACAAUGGUAUAAUUGUGAGUAACUCGAGGCGGUGGCCGCUGAUGAUUGACCCUCAGGGCCAGGCUAACAAGUGGGUGAAGAACAUGGAGAAGGCCAACAAGUUAGCCGUCAUCAAGCUCUCAGAUCCCACCUAUGUGAGAACCCUGGAGAACUGCAUCCAGUUCGGCACUCCGGUUCUUCUGGAGAACGUUGGCGAGGAGCUGGAUGCCGUUCUGGAACCCGUCCUUCUAAAACAAACAUUCCGCCAACAAGGCGUCGAGUACAUCAAAAUCGGCGAGAACAUUGUGGAAUACUCCAAAGACUUCCUGUUCUACAUGACCACUGGACUGCGGAAUCCCCACUACCUUCCGGAAGUGGCUGUGAAGGUGUGCCUGAUCAACUUCAUGAUCACACCGCUGGGGCUGGAAGACCAGUUGUUGGGCAUCGUGGCCGCCAAGGAGAAACCGGAACUGGAGGAGAAGAAAAACAAGCUCAUUCUGGAGAGUGCUGCCAACAACAAGCAGCUCAAGGAGAUCGAGGACAAGAUUCUGGAAGUGCUAUCCUCAUCGCAGGGCAACAUCCUUGAGGACGAGACCGCCAUCAAGGUGCUGUCUUCUUCCAAGAUCCUGUCCGAGGAGAUCUCAGAGAAGCAAAAGAUUGCGAGCGUGACGGAGCUCGAGAUCGACGACACACGCAUGGAAUAUCGCCCCGUGGCCGAGCACUCUUCCAUCCUCUUCUUCUGCGUGUCCGAUUUGGCCAACAUCGAGCCCAUGUACCAGUACUCGCUCACCUGGUUCAUCCACCAGUACCUGAGCUCCAUAGAGCACAGCGUCCGCAGUGAUGACCUGCCCAUUCGCAUCGACAACAUCAUCAGCCAUUUCACGUACAGCAUCUACAAUAACGUGUGCCGCUCCCUCUUCGAGAAGGACAAGCUGCUCUUCUCACUGAUGUUGACGGUGGGGAUCAUGAACGGGCAGGGCCAGAUCGAUGACAUGGUGUGGCGGUUCCUCCUCACGGGAGGCAUCGCACUGGACAAUCCGCACCCCAACCCGGCCUCCGAGUGGCUCACCGACAAGUCCUGGUCGGAGAUCGUGCGCGCCUCCGACCUGAGCAACCUGGGCGGCCUCUACGAGCACGUGCAGGACAACGUGGAGAAGUGGAGACAGAUAUACGACUCUGCAAAGCCCCACGAGGAGCAGCUUCCCGAUGGCUGGCGUGUGCUAGAGGGCAUGGACCGCCUGGUGGUACUGCGAUGCUUCAGGCCUGACAAGCUGGUGCCGGCUAUACAGGAGUUCAUCGCGAUCAACAUGGGCCGGGCCUACAUCGAGCCGCCCACGUUCGACCUGGCCGGGAGCUACUGCGACUCGCACUGCUGUUCCCCCCUGGUCUUCAUCCUCUCGCCAGGAUCAGACCCUACUGCAGGAUUGCUUAAAUUUGCUGAGGACUUGGGCAUGGGUGGCGAAAUGACCCAGACAAUCUCUCUGGGUCAGGGCCAGGGCCCCAUCGCGGCCCUCAUGAUAGAGAAGGCCCUGAAGGAGGGCGGCUGGGUGGUGCUGCAGAACUGCCACUUGGCCACCAGCUGGAUGCCCAGCCUGGAGAAGAUCUGUGAGGAGGUCAUAGUACCGGAGAACACCCACCCUGACUUCAGGCUGUGGCUUACAAGCUACCCGUCUGACAAGUUUCCAGUGAGCAUCCUACAGAACGGGGUGAAGAUGACCAAUGAGCCUCCCAAAGGGCUGAGAGCCAACGUCCUGCGCUCCUACCUCAACGACCCCAUAUCCGACCCCGCCUUCUUCCUCAGCUCCAGCAAACAGGAGGUCUGGCAGAAGCUGCUCUUCGGAAUCUGCUUCUUCCAUGCCCUGGUGCAGGAGAGGCGAACCUACGGACCCCUAGGCUGGAAUAUUCCGUAUGAGUUUAACGAGUCGGACCUGCGGAUCACCAUGAGACAGAUCCACAUGUUCCUGGAGGAGUAUGAGGAAGUGCCCCUAGAGGCUCUCACCUACCUGACCGGGGAGUGUAACUAUGGCGGCAGGGUGACGGAUGAUAAGGACCGCAGGCUGCUGCUGUCUCUGCUGGGCAUCUUCUACAACCGACAGCUGCUCGAGCAGGAGGGCUACAACCUGUCUGAGGGGGACACCUACUAUGUACCCAAACACGGUCCCUAUCAGGAUUAUGUCGACUACCUCCGUAAUCUGCCCAUCGCUGCCGACCCGGGCGUGUUUGGCCUGCAUAGCAACGCUGACAUCACCAAGGACAACCAGGAGACCAAUCAGCUGCUAGAUGGAGUUCUGCUGACUCUGCCAAGGCAGUCGGGGGGCGGAGCCAAGUCACCACAGACAGUGGUGGAUGAACUGGCGGAUGAUAUUCUUGGAAAGUUGCCAUCGGACUUCGACAUGGAAGCUGUGAUGGAAAAAUACCCAGUGCUCUACGAGGAGUCCAUGAACACAGUACUGAGACAGGAGCUGAUUCGCUUCAACAGGUUGACGAAUGUGGUUCGCACCACCCUGGUGAAUAUCCGGCGUGCGCUGAAGGGUCAGGUGGUGAUGUCAUCGGAGUUGGAGGAUGUCUUUAACAGCAUGCUGGUGGGCCGCGUUCCCGCCGUCUGGGCCGCGCGCUCGUACCCCUCCCUCAAGCCUCUCGGGGGAUACGUCUCAGACCUCUUCCAGAGGCUCCACUUCCUGCAGGACUGGAUUGAUAACGGGCCUCCACCGGUCUUCUGGGUUUCCGGUUUCUACUUUACUCAGUCGUUCCUCACGGGCGUCUCCCAGAACUACGCCAGGAAAUACACCAUCCCCAUUGACUUCAUUGGCUUUGAGUUUGAGGUGACCAAAUACGAAAGCCAGGUGGACCAGAAGCCAGACGACGGCGCAUACGUCCGCGGCCUCUUCCUGGAGGGCGCCCGGUGGGACCGCGACGCCAUGGUGUUGGGCGAGUCGCUCCCCAAAAUCCUCUUCGACACGCUGCCCAUCAUCUGGCUCAAGCCUGGCGAGAGCUCCAAGUUUGCGCACGAGAACGUGUACGUGUGCCCGGUGUACAAGACCAGCGCGCGGCGCGGCACCCUCUCCACCACAGGUCAUUCAACCAACUACGUGCUGCCCAUCGAGCUGCCCUCGGACAAGCCCCAACAGCACUGGAUCAACAGGGGAGUGGCCUGCCUGUGCCAGCUGGAUGACUGAGGACGACGGACUGCACGACCUCAGAGUUGUCGAAGCAAAAUCCAGCCAUGAAAUUAAAUAAAAAAUAAAAAAAAGUUUUAUGUGUGUGGACACUCUUCAUCAUACUCAAUUAUGCCAUGACAAGAUCAUGCUCAUGACAACUACAUCACUUGAGAUUACCAAACAUGGGCUAUUAAAGCAUACGGCACAAAGUCUGAGUCUACGUGCUCUAUGGAAUUUUAAAAAUCAAUACAGUUGUAUGCACAAGCAUUUUGAGGGGCAGGUGCUGAACGGGGGCAGGGUGGGUGUUGGAGGAUUAGGAAGGGAGGGGCUUGUGGAACUUCCGACAUCCUUACUAAACUAUAGAGGCUACAUAUUAUACAGUCAUAUCAUGUGAAAAAGUUAGUAUGUCCUUUGUCUUGUCUUACAUAUCUGUCAACCUUGGUCAUAAAGCAUGGUCCAGUAUUCCUGGAAAUCACAAAAGGAAAGAUCAUAAUUCUACCCAAAAAAUUAACAUUUUUUUAUUGUCCAUAACAUGUGAACAUUCACAGGACAGCAAGGCAUAACCCUCAGUGAGUCUCAAUAACCUUAAUCUGAGAGAGAGAGAGAGAGAGAGAGAGAGAGAGAGAGAGAGAGAGAGAGAGAGAGCGAGAGAGCGAGCUGCCUUGGCCAAAUGUAUGUAAGAGUGAGCUAUGUGGUUAAUAUAUGUGUAAGGAUGUGUGUAAUGUCUUGUGGGUUAUGUAUGUAUGUAUGUAUGUAUGUAGGCAUGCAUGCAUGCAUGCAUGCUAAUUGACACCUUAAUUUCCCCCUGUGAUCAAUAAAUCAAUGAAUCAAU